GCCGCCGAGGACGCCAUGAGGAAGAUCCCCAUCAUCAGCGCCACUAUCAUGGCCGCCAACGAGAAAACCAAGCAGGCCGAGGCGGCACUGGGCAACGCCGCCGCCGACGCGAAAGAGGCUAAAAAGAAAGCUGAGGACGCAGAGAAGAUCGCCAGCAACGUUCAGAAGGGCUCAGCAAAGACCAAGGAGGACGCAGAGAAAGCCUUCGAAGACACCAAGAAGCUGGACGCCGAGGUGAGCGACAUGAUGGACCAGCUGCGCGGCGCUGAGGAGGAGCUGGCCAAGAAGAAGGCAGAGGCCGACAGCGACAUGACAACGGCCGCCAUGGCUUCAGACAGCGCCAAGGAGGCCGAGGACAACGCCCGCAAAGCCAAGAGUGCUGUCAAGACAGUCCUGAGCACCAUCACCGCCCUGCUGGACCAGCUGGGGAACAUCGAUAAGGUGGACCUGAGUAAACUGAACCAGAUCGAUGAGUCGCUGAAGCGGGCCAAGGGGAAGAUGGCGGACAGCGACCUGGACAGGAAGCUGGCAGAGCUCAACGAUGUGGCUCGGACUCAGGAGGACAUGAUCAGCAGCUACGACCUGCAGAUUCUGGAGAUCCGCGCCGACAUUAAGAACCUGGAGGACAUAAAGAACACAUUACCCGACGGCUGCUUCAACACGCCGUCUCUGGAGAAGCCUUAGCCCCGCCCCCUGUCCUCUCACACUCCUCUUCACGUCUAACACUCGGGCAGACACGCCCACUUUUACCAAAACAGUUUUUUAAUCUUCAGAUUCUCGUCUGUGUUUUGUUUCCUUUUACAAGACAGAAGCCAAUAUUUGUUUUCAAGACACGAUCACAUUUUUUAUGGGAGAGAAGCAGCUGUUUCAGUUUGGUCGCCGCAGUAACCGUGGUUACGGUCUAAUGAACUAAACGGCGAAGAGAAGCCGUGUGGCGAGGCCAAAAUGCCUCCGCAAACCAGAACCACGAACCCGACGUGACUGCACCGGAACCACAGGAAGCUCCUCCCCUCCUGAGGAUCCUCCACUCUGCUUUGGUUUCUGUCUGACCCGCCAUUACCCAUCAUGCCUGGGGAGGCGACAGCUCCACCUCCACGAACCACAGUGAAGGAACCCCCGACUAUUUCCUCCGACACAAACGCUCCAGUAUUUCUGUUCAACAGCAGUAUUUUCACCUCCAGCAGGAGGACGGCGUGAAUAAGCCACAGCCACUGGGUCAGAAGUUCAGGAAAAUGAUUGGCCUUCAUUUAGACCAGGGGUGUCAAUCAUACGGCCCAUGGGCCAAAACCGGCCGCUGUAGAGUCCAGUCCGGAACCACCAAACGCAAAUAUUCCACUGAAGAUGUAAACGAUCCAAAGUCAAAGAAUAGAAUAAAAAAAUAAGCGACAACAAACACGUCUGUGCUCUAGUGUAAAAAAAAUAAAUGACGUAAAUAUUUACAUUUACAGACUAUCCAAAUAAAAAAGAUAUGAUUAACCUGAAAAAAAGUGUAAUUUUUUCAGGUUAAUCUUCUCAUUUCUACAUGUUUAUU